AUGCAGAAUGGGCCCGAUCCGCACCAGAUCGCCGCGACCAAUGAACAGAAUGAUACAUCGUCUUUCUGGGAUCGCUUCGCGAGCCACUUUCACAUGAGACCACCAGAGGAUGAUGAGCCUCAGUCUUGGUGGAUUGCAUCGACGGCUAUCCCGCUUGUAGCUGCUGCGGCUGGGCCGCUGGCCAACGUGAUGUCGAUCGUUGCCCUGGUCAUGCCGUGGAGAAGCAGGAUCCUUUCCACAACAAUUGGACCGGCUGGGAAUUAUCCUCAGGAGAGCUAUGCUGAUCCUCACUGGAUCACGGCGUUGAACGCUGUUUCGCUGUUUUUAGGUCUUACUGGCAAUAUCUUUUUGUUGCUGAAUUUUACCCAAACUGUGCGCUAUAUCAUCGCUUUACCGGUGACCAUAAUUUCGUGGUUCUUAGCUCCUGGAAUUCUGUGUGGUUUGACCGUAUCUCUUUCUAUUUACAGUCCUCCUAUUGGCCCGGAUGAUGUGUACUCUGAGGCCUACUGGAGUGCUGUUAUUGCUGCCAGUCUUUAUUUCUUACUGAGCGUUUUUCUUAUGAUAAAUAUGCUUGGUUAUUUCCUUGGAAGAUACCCACAGCAUUUCUCGCUCACAGACGACCAGCGGACUCUCAUCUUGCAAAUGACGGCAUUCGUUGCUUGGUUACUUAUCGGUGCGGCUUUCUUCCAAAAAGUACUCGGCAUCUCAUUUGCGGAUGCCUUGUAUUUCUGUGACAUCACUGUCCUGACUUUGGGCUUUGGUGAUGUGGUGGCCACGACUUCAGUCGGAAGGGGUCUUGUCUGGCCGUAUGCUGUGAUUGGUAUCAUUAUGCUUGGUCUCGUUGUUGGGAGUAUUCAUCGAUUUGCGAAGGAGGUCCACUACGACAAUGUUGUUCGAAAGCACAUCGAGCAAAAGCGGCAGCAUACUUUUGAUCGAUCUGUCACUAUUGACGAGUUCAGCUCAAAUAAUACAGAGAAAGUACUUCCUCCAGCACAUUCUCACCAAAAAUCCCAGGUCACGUAUCGAUAUCAUAAGCACCAACCGAUCCGGAACACCAUUCAUGCCUUUGCUCAAGAACGGCGGCCCAAGCUCCUGGUUAUGAGGGAAGAAAAGGACCGAUUUGAUGCUAUGCGUGCAAUCCAAUACGAAACUAUGCGCUUCCGUCGUUGGAAUGAUUUGUUUAUCAGCAUAAUUGCUUUUGGAAUCGUAUGGAGCUGCGGAGCUGUUGUAUUCUGGAAACUGGAGGGUUGGACUUACUUCGAGGCGCUAUACUUUGGCUUCUGUUCACUUCUCACCAUCGGAUACGGUGAUUUUACACCAUCGUCAAAUGCUGGGCGACCAUUCUUUGUCAUGUGGUCCCUCAUAGCCAUUCCGACCAUGACCAUGCUCAUCUCCCAGAUGAGUGACACCAUCGUUGUUGGUUACAAACAUGGUAUGGAGAAGGCCGCUGAAUAUUCCAUCAUGCCAGAGAGUGGAACAUAUCGGUCUUUUUUCGCUCGUUUACCGACUAUCCACGGCUUUCUGGAAAGGAGGGCGGAGAAAACACGGUUGAAGCGUGGAUUCCCAGUCGGUGCUGAGGCAGAGGAUACGGCCGAUCCGGAAAAUGGGGAGCCCGAGGCUGGAAAAAACGCGCAACGACGUUCGUCUCGAACCCCUCGUCGCAGCUCCCAGACCCAUCCUACGCGAACCCUUGAGGAACUCGCGGAGACCCAUCCAUCGCCAUUUGAACUGGCCCAACAGCUCGCAUUUGCCAUUCGACACACUAGCCAAGAUGUGCGGGAAGGAAAGCGUACACGAUAUAGCUACGAAGAGUGGGUAGAAUAUACUCGUCUCAUCCGGUUUACCGACCCCCGAUCCCGACCAUCUUCGGCCAUUGGAUCAUCUAAACGGCAUCGGCAUCCCAGUGAGGAAGAUACAAUCACUCUCGACGAAGAUGAGUAUGGAGUCGUGAACUGGGACUGGAUAGGUGAGAACAGUCCUAUGCUGGCCCACCAGACUGAACCAGAGUGGGUUCUAGACCGGCUUUGUGAGAGUCUGGUGCGGUACGUAUCGACUUCAGAAGCCCGAGUCAGAAAGCAGAGCCACGCAGAAGAUGAAUCAGAGGCAGCAACCUUGAGGAAGGAGAGAGAUCUAGGCAUUGAGGAGUCGUGA